AUGGCCGGUCGAGCCGUUGCCACCCGCGCGGCCGCUGCGCUCUCGUCUGGCGGCGCUCGUAUCCCAGCGCUCCCACCGACAUCGUCUCGUUACCUCACCAGACAUCUCCGGGUCUCCACUGCGGGGCCCUCCUCCGGGCAGUCGGGAACAAGACGGCUGGCCACAUUCUCCUGCCUCUCGUCGAGCGACUCAGACUCCACUCCGACACACGCAACCGCCAAGCCAUCCCUCGCGACGCAGUCCAGCCGCCGCCCGCCACCGGAGCGUGUGGUGCUUCUCACCGGGCUGCCCGCAACGGCCACGCCCAAUGAUAUUCGUCGCCUGACGGGCAACGACGCCAGCGGACAGCACUUUCAUCGCAUCGAGUUCCUCCGCACCCUCUUCUUCAACCCGUCAGGCAAGGCGCUUGUCUACUUCUCUACCGACAGCUCCGCCCGCCGCUUCCAGCGCGCCUGCUCCAAGCGCAUCUUGGGCGCCAAUGUCCUCGACUCGCGCUGCAUGUCCGACGCGGCGGCCGACAACCUCCUCGCCGUCGCCUACUCGAGGCACCCGCGACACCUCCAGCUCCCUCUCGACCUCGUCCACUAUGAAUCCGGCAAGCUAGUCCUCUUGCGAGGGCUGCCGUCUCUGACCACCGAGGACAAGAUGCAGACCAAGCUGAGCCGCACCUACGACCUCAUGGAGACCGGAUGGUGGCGUGGAAAGCGGCGCAGCAACGCCGGCUACAAGGCUCCGAGGAAGCCUGGGUUCGACCCUGUGUCCAACCACGCCCUCAACCUCGGACCCGUCCUCCGUCUGCACAACAUCCACGAAGACGCCUCGACGGCCGCCUUCCUAAUUAGGCUCAGGACGACGGCCGAGGCCAUGCGUCUCGCCCGCAUGUGGCACAACUCCUACUUCACUCCACAACGCUUCAACGUCGACGAGACCGGCGGACGAUACCGCAUCGAGGCCCACGUCAUCUACUAG